CAAUUGCGCAACCACGCCAGAGCUGCGGGAACCCAGCCUGGCCUCGCCACUGAGAAGGGGGCGGAGCUGCGGUGGGGAUACCCGGCGCCUUUCCGAGCAUCAACAGCAGCGGCGGCGCGACUCUCCUCCAGCGAGCCCUCCGCACUUUCCUUCCAAAGCGAACCAACCACUCGGCGAGCCCCGCUGCUCACCAGCAUCGCCGACCGCAGCUUCCCUCUGGGUAAGCGCAGGGCGAGGGCGACCGCGCUGACGUCGCUCUUCUCCAUUGGCCCUGGCCGGCAGCACAUGCCCAAAGACAGCUAAUAUAAAGGCACCCCGGCCCGCACCCCGCUUCUCCGGCUCUGCUUGGUGCUUUUUUCUGUCAGCCUCCUUCGCUCGGCUCUUCUCUUUCCCGGCGGCCCGAUUCUUAGCAUCUCCGGCUCGGCGCAAUGGCUAACGUGGAUGCUUUCGUAGCCAAAUGGAGCCUGGUCUCCAGUGAUGGCUUCGAGGAUUAUAUGAAGGCAUUAGGCGUGGGUAUAGCAAUGAGAAAGAUGGGAAAUAUGGCCAAACCAGAUAUUAUCAUUACCAGGAAUGGUGAUACUUUCACAGUCAAAACUGAAAGUACUUUCAAGACGUCAGAAUUCAGCUUCAAGCUAAAUGAAAAAUUUGAUGAAAACACGAUAGAUGGUCGAAAAACUCAGACCCUCAUCACUUUAGAUGACAACAAUGUAUUGACCCAGGUCCAGCAGUGGGAUGGCAAAGAAACCACAAUAACAAGGAAGAUAGAAGAUGGGAAACUGAUAGUUGAAUGUGUCAUGAAUGGUGUCAAAUGUACUCGUGUUUAUAAAAAAGUAUGAAGAGCUUGAUGUCUAUGUUGGAGAGUGGCAGAUCAGAUCGAAAGAGGACUAGUCCAUAUUUUUUCUUUUUUCUUCUUCUUUCUAAACUAGAUUUUUUUUAAAAAAAAACCCAUCAUGUGCAAGAAACAGUGUUGUAUGCAAUUUAAAGUCCUUGAUGACAAUGAUUAAAUUUUAAAAUUUCAAA